GAUCGCAGCCAACACUCCUUCUGGAGCAAGAUCCAUCAGACCCUGAAAUCUACACUGGAGAACCAGUCAAACUCAGUUGUAACAUUAAAGAGAAGACGUCACAAUGGGGAUAUCUGUGGAAAAAAGAUUCAGCACAAGUAAACAGCGAUCACAUUUACACUAUCUCCAGUGCUGCACCCUCUAAUAAUGGGUUAUACACUUGUCAAGUAGGAAGGAGAGGAAUCACAUUUUCAUCUACACAGUCUAAAAAACUGAUUAUAAAAGAACGGCCUCAACUGAAAUUGUCAUUAGAGUCUCAGUGGAAUAUAUUUUACCCAACUGAGAAAGUGACUCUGAAGUGUUCAGUCGAUAAAGAUUCAAAUGAAUGGGGCUAUGAAUGGUUUAAAAACAAAGCUCCGCUUCACGGGGACAAAGACGUUUCCUUAUCUGGAAACACACUCUUCAUCAGCUCAGCUAAAGUCAGUCAUUCAGGACAGUACACCUGCAGAGGAAAAUAUAUGAAGAGACCGACAGUGACUACAAAUCAAUCUGAAGCUGUGCAACUUCAAAUUAAUGAUACCACACCAAAAUCACACAUUACAAAACAUGAGUGGUUUGAACCCUUCUACACUGAGGAGCGAGUCCAGCUUCAUUGUAACAUUCCAGGAGAUGGUUGGGAAUACCACUGGCAUAAAGACUUAAAUCCUCUGACCACAAAUCCAGAAUUCACAAUCAACUCAGCAUCUGUCAGUGACAGUGGUGUUUAUCAAUGCAAAGCACAGAGAGGAGACUUCUCAGUGGACAGUGAGACUGUACAAGUGCAAGUUGAAGCUCGUCCAUCUGCCUCUCUAAAUCUGGAGACUGAACUGAGCGACAUCAUGACUGGAGAAGUGACUCUCAGGUGUAACGUCUCAGACGGGAGACAGUGGAACUACACCUGGUACAUGAACGGACAGCAGCUCAACGAAUCCUCAGAUGUACUCAAAGUGCCAGGAAAUGAAGAAACAAUCAAAAGUGAAUUCAAGUGCCAAGGAAUAAGCACAGUGAGACCAUUGUACUCCACUCUGAGUGAAGGCUUCAUAGCUAAUAAUAUAAUAUUCAAAAGAAAAAUACUGCUGGCCAUCUCAGGAUGUCUCGUCUGCUGUAUUGUAAUCCUGAUCAUUGGAUGCAUCGUUUUAAAAAUCACCCGUAAACCAGCAGAGGCAAAAGAAACAGCACCAGAGGACUUGUUUUUCUCAAUGACAGACUCCAAGAACCAAACUGUUUCACCCAUGAAGGAGUACAUGGACAACAAACCAACAGAGCUGGAGGAAUGUAAGGAAAAAGAAGAACUGAUCACUGAUCGUGCUUCACCCGUUCAUGAGGAUGGAGUGAUUAAAGAUGAAGAAACACCAGCAUCAGAAGCCAAUGGCAUGAAAUCAUUUACAGGACUCUGAAGCAUUUUGCCAGCGAUCAACGUCAUGAUGGAGUUUCUGCAUUUGCACUGAGGCACAGCAAAAUGAGAUACGCUUUUUUUAAAAUGACCGCAUUAGCAUGGCACUUUGUCUAGUAGCAGCUGCACUUUUGUACACUUUUAAAAGCUGAAAAAAAAGCUUGUUUAGGGUUUUAAAAAUGUAGAAUUGAACUGCAGUGUUGUGGAGACAUACUGCUGUAAAUAAAAACAGUGAUUGUAGGGGGAGAUUAAUUAAUGGACCGCAGGAAAAUUACAAUUAACAGAAGAAAAAAAAAUAUUUCUGUACAUACCCAUACCACUGCAAAUACUAGAACACAAUACCAUAAAAACAAAAAAUACUGAUUGUAAUACAUCUACUGGAUUGUUUUGUUAUUGUAAUUUAUUUGCAUAUUGAACAACAGCUUUUUUUACGCCUUUAUGUGAGUAUACUUUUUCUUUUUUUUUUCUUUUUUUUUUAAGAUUUUAAGUGUUUUAGGUAUGGAUUAUUUACAUUUAAAUAAACAAGUUUGUUUAGCUCAAUGCUGCAAUAAAUUAAUGAUCCUUCACUUAUAAUGAUUCAUAACAUUGUGUUAUUUUUUUAGACACCACUUUUGAAUAAUAUUUAUGUUAAGUGUCAAAAAGGAAUACAGUUCACAUAUACUACAUACAGGAGGCCUGGUGAAAAAAACAGCAUAUGCUGGUAGGUAAGUUUUGAUGCUGGUUUAAGAUGGUCCUUAGCUGGUUUAUGCUUGUGUUGCUGGUCAAGGACCAGCAUGGACCAGCAUACACCAGCUGAAGACCAGCAUAAACCAGCAAAGGACGAGCUUAAACCAGCAUCAAAACACACAUAACCAGCAUCCCAAUGUCAAAACAUAUCUACCAGCAUAUUGCAGGAUUAGUAGCUAGUAAGAAAAUUGCAAUUUCCAAGUCUUAUAUUACUAUAAUGCAUAGCUAAACUAUAAUUAAGUAAAAUUAUAAAACAGUAUCUGGUAGAAAUAAUACUAGCUAAUACUAAAUAUAUUAAGUUUUCUUAUUAGUUCAACAAGUUUCUGGGCCUUUUUACUUUUCAUAUAUUCUAAAGAAGGAAAGUAAUUAUAAAGAAAGUCUUUUUUUAAAAACAGAAAAAUUAGGUUUUGUCUUCAUACAUUUGCAUUUGUGAAGAAAAAUUUUGGCCAGAACCAACAUUAUAUUAAUGAAAAAAUCAUUCUUUUUAUCAUCUAACAUUAUCAUUCCGAAGAUAAUGUGGUUUCUAACAAAAUUGGGCAGUGACUGGAUUUUUGUCUCCAACCAAUAAGACAUAUUUUCCCAGAAAAUUCUGGAAUACACACACACACAAAAAGAUGAUCAGUUGUCUCUAUGUCAACUUGACAGAAAAUACAGGCAUUUUCUUCAAAAGUGUCUUAAAAACUCACCCGAGGGAUAUAUACCAUUAAAUAUUUUGAAAUGAGUUUCCUUUGCUUUAGAAGCCACUGGAAAGCUAAUAUAUUGCGUCCGUAGUUUUUUAAUAGUUGGUUUAUCAUAACCUUCCAAAAUAUUGUUGUGGUAUAAAGAUAUUGGAUAUAGUACAGAAUUGAAACAAGAGCGAAUAAUUUUGUUGGGAAGCACUGCUUUGAGGCCGUUACCAUUAAAGAGAAGUGAUGGGAGUUCACAUGAUCCAUCUGGAAUGUUGACAACAGUGUUUUGUACUAAACUUAUAAAACUUUUUGGAAUGGCCUUUAAAACACGCUCAAAUUGCUUAUGUCCACAGUGUAAAUUGUAUUUGGAACAGAAGUCACUGACCAGCGCUUGCUCAUGGCAGAUGUGAAGUAAGAGAUCUUGAUUUACAUGAAGAGGGAUGGCAAGACCCCUAUUUACACUUUUUUUUUUUUUUUUUUCAUUUUUAUUAUUAUUUAUUUAUUUUUCCCUUUCCUUUCUUUUUAAAUCUUUUUCACAGAAUAUAUGUAAUUUUUACUGGUACUCUGUAUCUGUUUUGUUAGAUAUGUGCCUUGUUAGGUAUCUGUUUACUUACAUUUGUUAA